CAAGAAUGCACACAGCCUUUCUGAGAUGAUAACACAAUGUCGAUAUCGACGAACGAUUAUUGCCGUUUGUGCAAGAUUAAUAUGAGAGAACGUGGAUCCGUGUUUAAACACUCAACCGAUAUCUUUCUGACAAAGAAAGCACCGAGCAAUGCUACCCUACUACCGAGCAUAUCCGAGAGAUUAGCGUCAUUAGGUGUGACUGUCGCCCCGGAGUUACUGCAAUCAAAUAGAUGUUGCCAGCGGUGUCAGUUGACUAUUGGCAGGCUCGAAAAAGAUUUGCCUUUAUUCAGGCAAUGGGAGAAGGACUUUAGAGACAGUGGCACGCCCACCACACUAGAACUAAACGACCUUACGCAGUCUUCGACCCCAAAGGAUUUGGAAAAGUCCUGCCCAAACCCACAGGGUUCAAGUGCCAACUAUGGCGGAGCACCAACAACCCAGGUUACGAUCAGAUAUCCAUCCCAGACACUGACCAGGGUGUGCGACCCCGAGAUAGAUCCUAUUGUCAAAUUCAUCGCGCUGAGGAGAUGGAAAGAGGCUUCCAGUCACAUCAUGAAACACCCACUUCUGCGAGAGGAAAUCCAACGGCAAGUUGUCCACUUGAUAGACAAAGAAAGUGAGAUGCUGAGCGCUCGAAAGAGUAACUUCAUGCUGUGGAACUGUGCACCGGCGGACAUCCAGCCGUUCUCCUUUGACCGCCUACGAGACGACCUCGCCAGGCUCGCCCCCUUUGUACUCUCCAUCUUCGACUGCAUCAGCAACGGAAAUAACUUUGCAGCUUGCACUGCUGCCGCCAUCGCCAUAAGAGGCAGAACGCCACAGCUGUCAGCCCUGUCUUAUUGGAUCAGCACCAUACUCUUGUCCGGCAGAACCAAAAAGUUUGUCUUCAAUCUGCUCAGCCAGUUGUCGAUCACCACUUCUCAUGGCAGAGCGAGUAAGAAGCGAAACGAGAUGAUUCUUGGCUGUGGCGGCGGGGCUGCGGAGUCUUCACAAUGUCACAGCUACUCGCAACAAACUAGAACUACAGCUGCAGAAACAGGACGGUUAGAAGUAUCCCAAAACCAGGAGGACCGUCAUCAUCCGUUAGUAUCCCAGUUUCCUGUGAUGAAGGACCUUAUCCUUUCCGUGAACAAAAUUAAGCAAACCAGAACAAAAGAGAAAAGGAACGAGCCCUCUCUCAAGUCAGACAGGAUUGGUCUGCAGGAGGAGGUGACUGUGCAAGUGUCCUGCAUGCUGAAGCUGUUUGACAGGUGCUUGCGGUGCAAUGCUGAAGCAUGCAGCCUGUUGACGCGGCGUGAGGGAGACGUCUUCUACGUGACACAGCAAUGCUGGACGUGCCACCACAUCAAGGACUGGACAAGCCACGCAAACAAGGCUGCCGGUCAAGGUCAAGAGGCAUCUGCAGACAAGGGAGCAGAGGAAGCGGAGAAGAGUGGUGGAGUUGAAGUGUUGGUCCAACCAGCGGAAGAUAUGGACACUGAGGAGGAGGACGGGGAUGAGGAGGAGGAAGAUGAUGAAGAUGAAGAGGAGGAGGAAGAUGAUGAAGAGGAGGAGGAAGAUGAUGAUGAUGAUGAGGAGGAGGAGAUUCAGGAGGUGCAGAUAGAAGAAGGAGAGCAAGACGAGGAAGAAGUAGAAGGAGAGGAAGAAGAGGAGAUAAAUGAAGAUGGCAAGAGAAAUGAAAAAGAGGGGGAAGAGGGGAUCAAAGAAAAAGAGGAAGAGGUGGAGGAGAGAAUUGUAGAAGAGGAGAGAAAUUAUCAGGAUAUGAAGGAAGAGGAGGAGGAGGACAGAGAAGAAAAGCCCAGAGGAAUGAAGAGGAAGAGGAGGGACGGCGAUGAAGACUCUGGUGAUCCAGCGGAAGGAGCCAGUGAAGGUUGAAAGUGGUCGGCCAUUUGAAUUGUUGUACCACAAGCCCAGCUGAGUUAGGCUGGGUGGCCUCGACUUGGCCCCGGUGCUGCUAUCAGGCCCGGAUUAAAGCACAGGCUAGAUAUGGCUGCAGCCUAGGGGGGCCCUAAUUGGCCAAAAGUGAAAUGUUGCAGAAUGAUGUGCCUUUCGAUUUACGCACACACUAGAUAUGGCUGCAGCCUAGGGAGGCCCUGAUUGGCCAAAAGUGAAAAAUUGCAGAAUUAUGACAAGAUGCCAUAUUGAGAAAAUGAUCUGUUGUGUUGAGUACAGUUGGUAGGCAUGCUAUUCUUAAUUCCUAGCCAGACAUGGCCACCACGUCUGUUCAUCCAAACUGACUUGAAAUAGACAAACAUCCUAAUGGACUGGAGGCUGGCUCAGCUAUGCGGAGCCUACAGAAGGCUACCAGGAUACAGCACUGACUAAAGUUCAUACACAUGGGCUUUAAAUAGACAUCCAAAUAGACUUUGACCAACAAGACGGCGACAGAAGAGAUAAGUCUACAACCGUGAUUCUCAAAGUGUGGUCCAGGACUACUCAAUAUUCCACUACUGUAUAUGUAAUUUGCUGUUUGCAAUAUGCCUUUGACCAGACUAGUCAAAUUUCUAACAUGUACAGAAUCAGUUAAAAGCCGAUAUUGAGACUGGUGUGUGCGUGCGUGCGUGCAUGCGUGCGUGCGUGUCAGACACCACGCCACCUACCUCAGAACCUUAAUGAUUCGUUUUCACACUCUUUUUUUACAUGUUCGUGUUCAGAGUAUUUUGCACAAUAAUGCUGUAUGCAAUACUGGUUAUUGAAAACCAUGGUUAUUAGAUGUUGCUGUAUGAAAUUAGACCUGUGUGCUAUGCCAAACAUUGAGGACACAGUAAAAGGUUCAUGAAGUGUG